UUACCUCAGAUCCACUCUUCCUUAAAAGAAGCAAAACAUCUUUCAAAGGCAUCUUCUCUCUCCCAUGAACACUUAACCAUCACUUCAUCCCUGCAACACAUUCUUGCAGUCUCCAUUAAUGGCAGUGCUCAAACUCUCACCUUCUGAAACCCACAAGGUACAACCCACAAAGCGUAGAAGAAAACACCACCCACAAAACCCUAAACUCAAACAACAACACCACCACCCAUCCUCAUGGGACCAAAUCAAGAACCUUUUAAAGUGCAAGCAGAUGGAUGUUACUCAGGUUACCGGGUCGGGUCAAAAGACCCACCAAGACCCGGUCAGAAACCCUAAUGGGUAUUCAAAGUUGAGUUCUUGUAGCUCAAUAUGUAGUUUUAAGGAUGUUGCUAAUGGGAACACUAAGGUUGGUCAUAGGGCUGAUAACUCGCCGGAAAGUAGCACCGGCGGUCAAGAUUCCGGCUUACUUAGAAGGAAGAAACAGUUGAGUAAAUCAUCUUCUUCUUCUUCCGGUGGUACUAGAUCUUUGACCGGGUCGGCUAGAUCCAAUGGUCAUGGGGGUUACACGUCAGCUUCUAGAGGCAUGCAGUUGAGAAAGCUUUCUGGGUGUUAUGAAUGUCAUGCUAUUGUUGAUCCUGCAAGAAGUGCGACUCCAAGAAGUACAAUUUGUUUAUGUUCAGAAUGUGGAGAAGUGUUUCCUAAAGUGGAAAGCUUGGAACAUCAUCAAGCUGUUAAGCAUGCUGUGUCGGAGCUUGGACUAGAAGAUUCGGGUCGAAACAUAGUGGAAAUAAUAUUCAAAUCCAGCUGGCAAAACAAGGACCAUCCGAUCUUCACCAUCGAGCGGAUCCUAAAAAUCAACAACACUCGUCGUACCAUCCAACGUUUCGAAGAAUACCGAGACGCAGUCAAGACACGCGCCACCGCAACCGCCACCCGCUGCGCCGCCGACGGCAACGAGCUCCUCCGCUUCCACUGCACCACACUCGGCUGCCCUCUCGGCUCACACGGGUCAUCCAGCUUAUGCGCCUCCAUCCCCGGCUGCGGCGUUUGCACCGUCAUCCGCCAUGGUUUUCAAACGCCGAAAGCCGGUGACGGUGUCCGCAAAGGGGUGUGCACCACCGCGAGUAGUGGCAGGGCACAUGAUUCGCUGGCGCGUGGGGCGCGUGAACUUAGGGCCAUGCUGGUGUGUCGGGUAAUCGCCGGGAAAGUGAAGCGCGUGGAGGAUAACGCGCCGGUGGAUGAUGGUGGCGCGUAUGAUUCGAUAUCCGGGCAUCCCGGGUCAUACUCGAACAUUGAGGAGUUGUAUGUUUACAACCCGAGGGCCAUACUACCUUGUUUUGUUGUUAUUUAUAAGGCUAUGGAAAGCUGAUGUCACCUUUUUUAACGUUUGCGUUUGUUUUGUUUAUGGUAUUUGAGUUGAUGGAAAAAGGUAAGAAAAUGGUGACAUUUGUUUAAUCUCUUUGUUUGUAUAUAAAUUAGUGAGUUAAAUGUCAUUUUAGUCUAUGUGAUUUGGGUCAUUUUGUCAGUUUAUUUCAGAGGUUUCAUUUUUUGUCUGUGAGUUUAAAAAUGUUUCACCGUUGCCAUUUUAGUUAACUGGGUCAGCUUCAUCCAUUUUUAAUUAACGAGAAGGGCAAUUCAGACAUUUUAUAUGUAAUUCUAUUAACUAGAAAGGAAAUUCGGUCAUAUAAAAUGACCGAGUUGUCAUUCUCGUUAAUAGAAAUAAUGAAUGAAGUUGACCUACUGGACUAAAAUGGCUACGGUGAAACCUUUUUAUACCUACAUGCGAAAAAUGAAACUUUUGAACUAAACAUAUAAAAUGACUCAAACCACAUAACUAAAAUGAGAUUUAACUCUAAAUUUGUUGUACUUUCUUUAUAAUUUGUCGUGAAGUUUUUAGGGUUGUAA